GCCAACUGCAGGAGCUGUGGCCGCGCACGGCGGCGAGCCGCGUUACGUGGCCGCAGGAAGGCUCCGGCCUGGAGGAGCCGUACACAUGUGGAAGCUGCUCCCCGCCGCGGGCCCGGCCCGAGGAGAACCGUACAGACUUUUGACUGGUGUUGAGUACAUUGUUGGAAGGAAAAACUGUGCCAUUCUAAUUGGAGAAGAUCAGUCAAUCAGUCGAAAUCAUGCUGUGUUAACUGCUAACUUUUCUGUACCCAACCUGAGUCAAACAGAUGAAAUCCCUAUAUUGACAAUAAAAGAUAAUUCUAAGUAUGGUACCUUUGUUAAUGAGGAAAAAAUGCAGAAUGGCCUUUCCCAAACUUUGAGGACAGGGGAUAGAGUUACCUUUGGAGUGUUUGCAAGUAAAUUCAGAGUAGAGUAUGAGCCUUUGGUUGCAUGCUCUUCUUGUUUAGAUGUCUCUGGGAAAACUGCUUUAAAUCAAGCUGUAUUGCAACUUGGAGGACUUACUGUGAACAGUUGGACAGAAGAAUGUACUCAUCUUGUCAUGAUAUCAGUGAAAGUUACCAUUAAAACAAUUUGUGCACUCAUUUGUGGACGUCCAAUUGUAAAGCCAGAAUAUUUUACUGAAUUUCUCAAAGCAGUUCAGUCCAAGAAACAGCUUCCACAAAUUGAAAGUUUUUACCCAUCUAUUGAUGAACCAGCUAUUGGAAGUAAAAAUAUUGAUCUGUCAGGACGACAGGAAAGAAGACAAAUCUUCAAAGGGAAAACAUUUGUAUUUUUAAAUUCCAGACAGCAUAAGAAAUUAAGUUCAGCAAUUGUUUUGGGGGGUGGAGAAGCUCGACUGUUAACAGAAGAAAAUGAAGAAGGAGAUAGUUUAUUUUCAGCUCCUGGAACUUGUGUUGUUGAUACAGGAACAACAAAUUCACAGAUCUUAAUUCCUGACUCUCAGAAAAAAUGGAUUUAUUCAAUUAUGGAUAUGCUCCAAAGGCAGGGUCUUAGACCUAUUCCUGAAGCAGAAAUUGGAUUGGCAGUUAUUUUCAUGACUACGGAGAAUUACUGUGAUCCUCGGGGCCAGCCCAGUACAGGAUUAAAGACAAGAACUCCAGGGACAAGCCUCUCACAAGGCUUGUCAGUCAAUGAAAAACUAAUGCCAAGUGCCCGAGUGAAUACUACAACAUAUGUACCUGACACAGAAUCAGAGCAAGCAGAUAAUUGUGAACAGCCAAAAGAAAUCAAAAUCUCCAGAAUGGAACAGAAAUUCAGAAUGCUUUCACAAGAAACAUCCACUAUAAAGGAACCCCCCAAAACAAGCUCUAAAAAUAAUAAUAAUACAGUGUCAAAUACUCUGGUUAGAGUGAAAAUCCCAGACUACCAGCUUUCACCAACUAAAUUCCCAGGUGUAAAUAAAAGUGGAGAUCGGGCUUCUCAGCCGCAGCAGACCAACUCCAUCAAAAACUACUUUCAGCCAUCUACCAAAAAAAGGGAAAGGGAUGAAGAAAAUCAAGAAAUGUCUUCAUCCAAAUCAGCAAGAAUAGAAAUGUCUUGUUUUCUUUUUGAACAAACGCAACCUGCUACAACCUCAAUACAGAAAAAUAAGGAGCAACAUCUAUCUCAGAAUGUGCCUGUGGACAAAAAAUCAGAUAACUUAUUUAUAAAUAUAGAUUUAAAAUCCAAUUCUGCCAGUAAAUCUCUUUCUACAGAAAAUCUAAGAUCAGAAAAAAGAAAAGAAAUUGAUGAUUUGUCCAUAGAUGAUGAAGUAUUGGAACAGUUAUUUAAGAACACAAAACCAGAGUUAAAAAUUGAAACGAAAGUUCAAAAAGAAGAGGAAGAUGUCAAUAUUAGAAAAAGGCCAAGGAUAGAUAGUGAAACAGAUGACACUUUUAAUGAUGAAGCAUUAUCAGAAAAUAAAGUAUCUCAAGAAAAUAAAAUUGGGAAGAAAUAUGAGCUCAAGAAAGAAUCAUUGUGGUCAACUAAAGAAGAAAUAUCUAACAAUGAUGAACUUCAGGACAAUAGUGAGAUGCUUCCAAGAAAGGUGUUACUGACUGAAUUUAGAUCACUGGUGGUUAAUAACUUUACUUCCAGAAAUCCAUCCGCUAUAAAUAAUGAUUAUGGUCAACUAAAGAAUUUCAAGAAAUUCAAAAAGGUCACAUUUCCUGGAGCAGGAAAACUUCCACACAUCAUUGGAGGAUCAGAUCUGAUAGCUCAUCAUGCUCGAAAGAAUACAGAAUUAGAAGAGUGGUUAAGGCAGGAAAUGGAGGUGCAAAAUCAACAAGCAAAAGAAGAGUCUCUUGCCGAUGAUCUCUUCAGAUAUAAUCCUAAUGUAAAAAGGAAAAGAUAACUGAAGAUUUUAAAAAGAAGCCAUGGAAAAACAUUUCCUAGCAUGCAUUUACUUCAUGCUAACUGGGAUACAUGAAUAUGGCACACAGAAGAGAUUUGUUACAAAUAUUUUGUGGCCUAAAUUUGUUAAAUAAAAUGCACAAAACUCCA